AUGGGACAUGAAAACUCGAAACAUUUUAACGAGAAAAUCGUUCUAAAAGAUAGUUUAGCACUAUCUUCUGAUCAAGUUCGAUUUAUAUGCCAGCAAACGAAUUUAGUCGAUAGAGAAGUUCGCCGACGACAUGCUCAAUUUAUCAAUUUAAUCAAAGAUGGUCAAAUGACAGAAAAACAAUUUACUAUGGUUCUGCAGAACAUCUGGCCAAGAGGUAACGUGCAGAAACUUGCCAAUUAUCUGUUUAAUCGAUGUGACAAGUAUAAAAGAGGAUUUAUUGAGGCUACUGAGUUUAUUAUAAUUCAUUAUCAAUUGAAUGAUGAUAAAUCUUAUCUUGGUUUUCUAUUCGAUAUGCUCGACACUCGCCGCAAAGGAUAUCUACUGCGAGAUGCCAUUGAACCAUUGUUCGGCUUACUAUUUGAACUCAUCGGACAUCCAAUAGAUGAGCAAAAUGGUGUUAAUAUAUCUCAAAUGCAUAUUGCCCAUCUGAUUGAAUUGAUAGAAACAAAUGACAACAAACGACUAUUGCGUGAACACUUCAUUAAUAUUGGAAAUGUUGAAUGGGUCGACGAGGACAAUGGAGCUGGCGCUUUGUUCAUUGAACAAUCAUGUUGA